GAAGCUGGUCCCACCAUGGUGGGUGAUGAGCACUCGGAUCCCGACCUAAUGAGAUUCCUAGGGGCCAUGAAGAGGAACAUGCUGGGGAACAACUUCUCUGAGUACUACGUGAAUGAUGCGCCGCGUGUGGUCCUGGACAAGCUGGAGAGCCGUGGGUACCGCGUGGUCAGCAUGACUGGUGUGGGCCAGACCCUGGUCUGGUGCCUCCAUAGGGAAUAG